CGCUCAUCCCGAUUGGUUCCAAUUGAAAAGCGAUACUCUCGUCGAAUUGGUGUACAACAAGGCCACGAUGGAAGCUAAGCAAGAGCAGGAAAAUAUUUAUCUUUUCGUGCCGAACAUCAUCGGUUACGCGCGGAUCGUACUAGCGAUCGUUUCCUUUUACUACAUGCCAACGGACUAUGUGAUCGCUAGCUGGUGUUAUAUCGUCAGCGUGCUGCUCGACGCACUCGAUGGUCAUGCGGCGCGGCAUUUCAACCAGUCCACUAAAUUUGGCGCCAUGCUCGACCAGCUUACCGAUCGGUGCGGCACCUGCGGCCUGCUGGUGACCCUAAGCUACUUCUACCCAAAGUACAUGUUCUGGUUCCAGCUUUCGAUGGCGAUCGAUGUGGCUUGCCACUGGUUUUAUCUCCACACCACUGUCCUGCAGGGCAAAACAUCCCACAAGUUCAUCGACAUGUCCGGUAAUCCGAUUAUGCGCGUUUACUACACCAACCGCACCGUGCUCGGCUUCAUGUGUCUGUUCAACGAGCUGUUCUACGCUGCACUCUAUCUGCUGCACUUCACACCGGGUCCGUUGCUGUUGGGCUUCUCCACGUUCAAGCUGCUCGCCAUCGUUUCCUUCCCGGUAGCGGUCGUCAAAACGGGCAUCUCGGUGAUUCACGGAUUCGUGGCCAGCUGCAACAUUGGCGUGAUCGAUGUUGCCGAACGUGCAGCUCUGCGAGAGCGAGAGGCUAACAAAAAGCCGCAGUAAAUUCGACUACCCUUAGAGGAUAUUCUUGCCCUCUUUCCCCACCGUUGCCGGUGGGGUUGUAAGGCGGUGUUGUACACACGGAAUUACACUCCCCGCAGCGGGGAUCUUCCGUUUUCAAAAUCGAUCCUCUUACACGGGGUUUGGAUGAACUUGCUUUCCCUGGGCAUGCCGGCAUUCUCCAGCACUGGCUGACUUAAAGUCUGACCGGAAUCGGAAGCUAACGCCAUCCACACUCCACAAUGCCAAAGGACAGGAAGAAGAACGACAAACAAUUCAAUCUUAAGUGUUUUGAAAAAAUGUAUUUAAGUGUUUGUAAACUAAUGUAGCUGAAAUUUACACCCCUUACGCCCGCAAGGUAGUAAAGGAACGAGAAUAAUGCACCUGAAACGAAAAAGAGAUGCGAGGACAGAGGGGGACGCAGAAUCGUUAAUAGUCAUGCACAUUCCAGUGAUGCACCCGUUGAAUGCAAGCAGCGGCUAAAUUCGUAGGCAUCUGUCCAUAUUCUGCUAGCAGAAAUCGAAAUCAUCCUACCCGACGGUACAACACGUUGUUGCUUGAAUCAAAUUUCAUUGAAAACUACAUAUGAACGUAGGGGAUCGUAUUUGUGCUUCGUGAGGCUAUCACUAUCUAAACCCCGGAAUAGUAAAGAACACUAUAUAUUUUUCGCGCAGCCAAUCUACUUACCAAUGUAUCAAUUAGCCCUGUCAAAGGCAGUAGAGAAGUAGAUUGAACCCAUUUCAUCGAUGUGAAUCGCAUCCCUGUGUCUAAUACAUAGAAUAAAUAACC